AAAACUUCACGCUAUGUGCUCGGAACACAGACCACCGUACAUUCCCGACCUCCUAUCACAAGCUCUCUUCCUUUCUCCCUCUCUCUCACACACACAUACAUACAUACACACAUGGGAGCAAACAUCUAAAAACAAACAUGAAUGGGAUCAUGUGAGAAAUGAAGUUUAUUUUUCCGUUUCUUUCUCCAGAGUCUUGAACUGUCCCCUGGACUCUCACCUGUGGACCUGCAGGCAACUUCUUAAGAUGUGCUCAGGUGUCACUGUCUCUCACAUGCACAAUGUGUUUCAGAGGAGUGUGCAGGUUGAGGAGCUGCUGAGGAGUGAAGAGGGCUAUCAGCACAUUCCUUCUUCACUGACUGGACUGACCGCCGAACAGUGCAUGCAGCACUGGCAUACUUCUGAGUCAUAGCAACUAAGUGUCAAAGAGACGGCAGCGGCCAGAGGCAUCAAAUUGAAAUAAUGGAGAAACAGUCCGCCAACGGGCCAUCCACACAGGGCUUUGUCCCUGCCGACUACGCCGUCUUUGCUGCCAUGUUGUCAAUUUCGAUGGCAAUAGGGCUUUUCCAAGCCCUGAAGGGGAGACAGAGGCAUGCCAGCCCAGACGAUUUCUUCACAGGGGGAAGGAGCAUGCCAGCUGUGCCUGUUGGGCUGUCACUUUGUGCCAGUUUUAUGUCAGCAGUCCAGGUUCUUGGGGUUCCCUCCGAAGGAUUCCGUUAUGGCUUUAAAUUCCUCUACAUGUGCCUCGGGCAAAGCAUCAACUCAGCGCUGACAGCGUACCUGUUCCUGCCAGUUUUCUUUCAACUAGGUAUCACCAGCACAAAUCAGUAUCUGAAGAUGAGAUUUGGCAGAGGGAUGCAGCUGUUGGGCUGUAUCCAGUUUGUUGUUGCAACGCUGCUUUACACGGGGAUUGUCAUCUACGCACCAGCCUUGAUUCUCAACCAGGCCACUGGACUCAACAUGUGGGUGUCUCUGUUUUCAACUGGGAUCAUCUGCACCAUGUACACUACACUGGGUGGCAUGAAGGCUGUGAUCUGGACCGACGUGUUCCAAAUCUUGGUGAUGUUGUCGGGCUUUGUGGCGGUGUUUGUUCACGGCACAGUUCUGGUUGGCGGUCCUGGACGAGUCCUGGAGAUUGCAAACAAUGGCUCUCGUAUCAACUUUGAUGAUUUUGACAUUGACCCACGGAAGCGCUACACCUUCUGGAGCCUUUCUGUUGGAGGUACCUUGGUUUGGUUGUCCAUGUAUGGGGUAAACCAAGCUCAAGUCCAGCGCUACAUCUCCUGCAGAUCGGAGCGGGCAGCCCAGUUGGCUUUGUUGGUGAACCAGGUGGGUCUUUGCGUCAUUGUCUGCAGUGCAGCUACCUGCGGCAUCGUCAUGUUUGCAUAUUACAACGACUGUGACCCUCUAAAGUCUGGAAGGAUUUCUACUCCAGAUCUGUAUAUGCCGUUCUUCGUGUUGGAUAUAUUCAAAAAUCACCCAGGAUUUCCAGGUCUUUUCCUUGCCUGUGCAUACAGUGGAACUCUGAGCACGGCUUCGACAAGCAUCAAUGCCAUGGCUGCAGUUACAAUGGAGGAUCUGCUGAGACCCCAUAUUCACAUGUCCCAAAAAAAAAAGAUCCUUGUUUCCAGAGGACUGUCAUUCCUGUAUGGAGCUGGUUGCAUCACCGUGGCUGCUCUCUCCUCCCUCUUGGACUGGGGAGUUCUUCAGGGUUCUUUUACUGUCAUGGGUGUGGUCAGUGGGCCAUUACUGGGUGUAUUCAUUUUGGGAAUGUUUGUCCCAGCAACAAACAAGCUGGGGGCAUUCUCUGGGUUAUUAGUGGGCUAUGGUGUCUCCCUAUGGCUGGCUGUGGGUUCAAGUCUUUAUCCACCCAGUGAGGAGACUAUGGGUGUCUUGCCCAGCUUCACAGGAAGUUGUGAACCUUCUAACGUCACCCUGAGCAGCAGCUUGCACCAAGAACAACACUCAGUCUCCACUCCGCUUCACUCCAACGACCAAAGCGGCAUCCAAAACUUCUACUCCAUGUCUUACCUCUACUUCGGAGCCAUAGCCACUAGCUCGGUCAUUCUCACCGGGCUUAUUGUGAGCUACGCAACAGGUCCAACCAAAAGGAGUGAAAUCAAAGAGGGUUUGCUGUGGUGGGACCUGAAUAAAAAGGAAGUGGAAGGCCCACCUGAACUUGGAACAAGCACAAUGGCCAAAAUGUUCCCCUGCCUUCGGGAAAAUACAGAAUACUGCGAUGCAGCUCAAAUGCCCGUGCACCCGAGAAGUAAUAACCAGGGAGAUGAAGUAUCAGAUAAACCGCAGAGGGUGCCCUUGAUGAGCCUUCACCAGGAAAACAAGCAGUGAAUAAAGAUGAAUAAAUAAAAGACUAUGUGAAUAUCUAACUCUAGUGUUUAAACGUUAGUAGCCCAUUAAACCCACCGGGCUAAUUCUUCCUUGAGUUAAACAUUUUAAACAGACUUGUUUUAUCACUUUGACUUUUUUGGUUUUAUAAUGAAGUUUCCCAGACAUUUGUGUUCAUUAAAAUAUUUUUUGGCACGC